AUGUUGGAGAAUAUGUCCAGAGGAAACCGCUCUCUACUCUCCCUGUCCCUGACCUCCAUGGCUCUGACACUGUCGGUGUCGGCCUUCUGCACGUCGUACUGGUGUGUGGGAACUCACAAAGUGGUCAAACCUGUGUGUCUGUCUCCAGUCAAGAUGAAGAACUGUGGGCAGAACAACAGCCAGCCCUACACCACAGAGGCCCCAACCCCAGACCCCAAAAUGCCCGUGUCCAACGUGACCCUGUCCCCGCAGCAGAAGGAGGAGCUGGCCCGGCUGAGGAAGAAGCAGUUAGCCAACGCAGUGCAGUACAUCUGGGAGACCGGGGAGGACAAGUACAUGCUCCGAUACUUCCACACAGGAUUCUGGCUCUCCUGUGAAAAACAUCAGGAAGGGAGCGACACAGAGGAGAAGUGCCGCAGCUUCAUAGAGCUGACCCCAGGAGAGACACAAGGUGUGCUGUGGCUCUCUGUGUAUAGUGAGUUCACAUACAUUGGGCUGUUGGCCAUGGGCUUCCUGCUCAUGUGCAUCGAGUGCUUGUGUCUGUGUGCCAAACGAGAGAUGAACGCACUCAAGAUCAACGCCUUCGCCGCCAUGUGCACCGUGCUCUCAGGGAUGAUGGGGAUGGUGGCACACAUGAUGUACACCACAGUGUUUCAGAUGACCGUGAGCAUUGGGCCUAAAGACUGGAGACCUCAGUCCUGGGACUACGGCUGGUCUUUUGCCAUGGCGUGGCUCUCCUUCAGCUGCUGCAUGGCUGCAGCUGUGGCCACUUUAAACUCUUACACAAAAACCAUCAUCGAGAUGAAGCACAGAGCCAGAGUGCGCCUGGAGGAGGCUCGCACUGCCGCCCGUGCCCCGUCCUACGAGGACGUGGUCCAAGGAGGGGGAGGGCUCUAUUCCAUCAGUCAACUCAUACAGCUGGCCCAGCAGGGCAUGCUGGUGGACCCCAUGUGGCCCAGAGGAGAGGGGGCAGCCGUGGGGCCCCUGGCCUGUGGAGCCGGAGGGGCUUUGCUGGUGGGUGGAGGGGGCAUUGGGGUAGGCAUAGGUGGGCUGAGCAUGGGCGAGGCAGGACCCAUGGGAGCCUCGGGCAGCAUGGGCUCCGGGACAGUAGGGGAUCCCGGAGCCCGACUGAUGGACCCUCAGGGGAUGAUGAUGCUGCAGGGCUGUGGCUCUGAGGGCUGUGAGGACUGUGAGCGAGAGAUGGAUGAGAUGGACUACACCCUGCAGGAGGAGCGCGAGGGUUCCAUCUGUUGA